GUUUCGCUUGUGAGAGAACCCGAAGCACAGACAUUAUUUGCCGAGAAAGUUAGGGAAGCAGAAACCUCAACAGACAACAAUACUUUGCUGAUAUGGUUCGUGUCACACAGCCAACCACCGAUGAGAUUGCAAAGUUCCCCAGGGAAUUUGCUCUCUUCACGCAGAUCCCUGGCGCAAAGGCUGGAGAGGUCGACACAGAGGCCCUGGCCGAGUUUGUCAAGACAUACGGCACUGGAUCAGCUCCUUCUGGAGGAGAGCUGGCCUUUGCUGAUGUGGCAGCAGCCCUGAAGAAGAAGGGCACUCCCAUCGAGGGCACCGGAAACACCAUUGCGUGGGCAGCCCAGGACGACAGCGGCCACCUGGCUCCAUACAAGUUCACCCGCCGCGAUGUUGGCCCCGAUGAUGUGGCCAUCCAGAUCGCCUAUGCCGGCAUCUGCCACUCCGACCUGCACCAGAUCAAGAACGACUGGGGCAACUCCUCCUUCCCAAUGGUCCCUGGGCACGAGAUCGUGGGCGUGAUCACAGAGGUGGGAAAGAACGCGGAGGGCCACUUUGCGCUCGGUGACGCGGCGGGCGUGGGAUGCAUGGUGCGCGCUUGCCGGGAGUGUGAGGAGUGCCACAGUGGCGACGACCAGUACUGCACGCGCAUCGUCUUCACCUACAACGGCAAGGACUGGGGCGAGGGCGGCGUUGACACCCAGGGGGGCUACUCCAACCGCAUCGUGCUCGACCACAGGUAUGCGCUGAAGGUGCCGGCCAGUCUGCCGCUGGUGGCUGCGGCACCGCUGCUUUGCGCAGGCAUCACCACCUAUUCCCCCCUGAAGCACUACGGCCUGGACAAGCCCGGCCAGAAGCUGGGCGUGGUCGGGCUCGGAGGCCUCGGCCACAUGGCUGUCAAGUUCGGCAAGGGCUUUGGGCAGGAGGUGACGGUGAUCAGCACGAGCCCCAACAAGGAGAAGGAGGCGCGCGAGACCCUCAAGGCCGACCACUUCAUCGUCUCCAAGGACGAGGCCCAGAUGAGCGCCGCUGUGAAUUCUCUGGACGGCAUCAUCGACACAGUGUCUGCGGGCCACGAGAUCUCAGCGCUGCUGCCCCUGCUGAAGACCAACGGCAAGCUCAUCCUGCUGGGUGUGCCCACAGAGCCCCACACCUUCGGCGCCGGCGCAGUCCUCUUCAAGAGGCUGACCAUUGGCGGCAGUCUGAUUGGGGGCAUCAAGGAGACUCAGGAGAUGCUGGACUUCUGCGGGGAGAAGGGAAUUGUGUGCGACGUGGAGAAGGUUGACAUCGACUAUGUCAAUACCGCCAUGGACCGCCUUGCCAAAAACGAUGUGCACUACCGCUUCUCAAUUGAUAUCCAGGGCAGCCUCAUCGACGAGUAGAGCCUUUCUGUACCGGCCUUUUUAAAUGCCUGGGCUCUUUGUGUGAAGCACGCCAGAAUUGUCCAUAUCUUCCUGGCGAGGAUGCAACAGGUUCGGGGAUGAAAUUCCUGUGGAUAUAUCCACAAUCUGGCCAGCUCCCUAUAUUGGGGGCAGGCCCUGGGCACACUGGCCUCAUUUCAUGAGACCAUGUGAUUCCAUUGUGCUCAUGUCAUGAUACUUUUCUGUAUCUAGUUCUGAAGAUGUGAUUCUUGUGAAGGUGUAGCAGGACAGAGAUACCCUGGCCUCGUGAGAUCAUGUGAUUCGAAACGGAUUUAUCAUGCCCUUGCCGUCUGCGGCGGCUGUGAGAAGGGACAGAAACGCUUAGUCGGUCACAAUCCUCGUUCUUGGUUUCAUGCUGCACUUAUUAACUUUCCAGAGCAACCCUAAUUCAAUGAAGACUCUCUCUUGUACAGACCUGCAAUCUGGCGUUUGUUACUGAUCAGCAUCACCUGACGACUUCUGUCUGAUGAGUUGCUGACACAGAAUAACAAAGCACAUGAUGUGCAUGAGGUUCUGGCUGUUUGUCGACAAUGUAUGCGCCCAACAUGUGCAUUCUGAUUCAGAAUUCUUGAACCACAGCAUGUAAAAACGUUCAUUAC